CCAUUUAGAUACCGCAUGACCGCAGAAAAAAAGAAAAAUCCAAGGAGUCUAGGGUUUUUCGUUUUUCGUUCGAGUUAUCUCCAGCCCACGACGCGCCGGCCCCUUCCUCCCCUUACGCCUCGACCUCGACCCCACCCCCGCGAGGCGGCGGCGGCGGUGGCGCGCGGCGAGCGGCUGCGUCUCGGUGAGCUUGGCGCCCCCCCUGUGGCCGCGGCGUCCCCGGCGCCAUCUGUCCUGCGGGCUGCUGCUCCCGCGGCGGCUUCGUCGGCUGCAGCGGGCGGCCGCAAAACCCUAGCGGCGGAUGAGAGCCUGAUUAGGAAGCUUUUGACAGAUCAAGAACUAAAUUCUUCAUCAGUUCGUGCUGAAUAUAACUUAGCUUACAUGGCUAUGGUGCCAAGUGAUUCAUCACAUCAUGGAGUUGUAGAAAAUAGCCCCAAUGGCUUUACCCAAGGUAGGCGUGAGGAAGCUGGGAAACUUGGUGCAUCAUGGUAUUUCAGUAGAAAGGAAAUAGAAGAAAAUUCUCCAUCCAGGAGGGAUGGCAUUGAUUUGAAGAAAGAGUCUUACCUUCGAAGGUCGUAUUGCAGUUUUCUACAAGAUUUGGGCAUGAAGCUUAAAGUGCCUCAAGUGACGAUUGCUACAGCUAUGGUAUUCUGUCACCGUUUUUACCUUCGCCAAUCCCAUGCAGAAAAUGAUAGACGAACAAUUGCCACCGUUUGCAUGUUCUUGGCUGGAAAAGUCGAAGAAACACCUAGACCUUUGAAGGAUGUCAUCCUGGUUUCUUACGAGAUUAUUCAUAAGAAGGAUCCUGCUGCUGGUCAGAGAAUCAAGCAGCAGAAGGAAAUAUAUGAUAAACAAAAAGAACUUAUUUUACUUGGGGAGCGAGCUGUACUUGUAACACUUGGGUUUGACCUGAAUGUUCACCAUGCUUACAAGCCCUUGGUUGAAGCAAUAAGGAGAUUCAAUGUUGGUGGUAAAAAUGCACUUCCUCAGGUUGCUUGGAAUUUUGUAAAUGAUGGGCUGCGUACCUCGCUUUGCCUGCAAUUCGAGCCUCAUCAUAUUGCAGCAGGUGCUAUCUUUUUGGCUGCUAAAUUUCUCAAAGAGAAGCUUCCAUCUGAUGGUGAUAAGAUUUGGUGGCAGGAAUUUGAUGUGACUCCACGGCAACUUGAAGAGGUUAGCAAUCAAAUGUUGGAGCUGUAUGAGCAAAACCGUGACCGUGCAACACAGGCACAACCAUCACUGGGAAAUGAAGCUGAAGCGAGCUCAGCUACUGUGCGUAAUCAACGAUCCUCUGUAAAAUCUGAAGGAAACUCCAAGGAAUCAUCUGCUCAUGGAUAUCAUCAGGCACUCAAGCAGUCAAAUUCGCAGCAUUCUUCCUCAACAGGUGCUCCAGGUCACCAUGACGACGAGCACUCAAAUCCAGAAAAGCAUAUUUCUGGCCACAAAAUGCUUCAAAAAGACUAUGGUGACCAUGGUGGCAGCAAAGAAAGGAGCAACCAGAGUGGAAGUAGAUUUGAUGCUGGCAUGGACAUUUCACAUCAGGACAAAAAAUCCUUGCCAGGACAUCAGUAUCCCAAGUCCAGUUAUGAGUCUGAUCAUCCAAUGGAACGUAAGCCACAUAAAUCACAUGAUAGUUCCAAUGAAACAAAAGAUGGUGUUCUUGACAGCAAUGAAGCUCCCAGUGUGUCAACCUCCAUGAUGGACGCGAUGAAUAAAAUUGACAAGGAUAAGGUAAAAGCAGCUUUGGAGAAGCGAAGAAAAUCGAAAGGUGAUGUUGGUACGAAGGUAAAUGUGAUGGAUGAUGAUGAUCUACUUGAGAGAGAGCUAGAACAUGGUGUUGAAUUAGCUGUUGAGGAUGAGAAGAUCAAGCAGGAUAAGAGGCAGAACUUGUCCCAUGGUAGCAUUCAUGGAGGGGAUCUUCAAAAUGCUGACCAAGUUACGGAGAAUGGUCACCAUGGCAAGCAGUGUGUGCCAACGACUACUGAAGAUGGGGAGUUUCCAUUGGACAGUAAAGAACAGCAUCUUCCACCAUUGGAUAAGCAAAAUAAUGUUGCCGAGCACCAGUCCCAGCAGUCUGAUCACACAUUGAAGCACCACCAGAGCCAUGAUGCUCAACUUGCUGGAAGACAUGAGCAGGGUGAAAGAGACUGUAAAAAGCCUAAGCUCGAAGGGUAGGUUCUGGAUGAUGAUGGGCCAUUGUGCGUGAUUUUGGACCUGACCGGCACAUUUUACUGAACUCACCUGUGCCUGAGGAUGCUGCAGUGCGGCACGAAAUUUCUGUGCACAGAACAUAAAGAUGUCCAUGCUUUUGCAAGGAUUUGUGUCGCACAACAGUUUAAAAUUGUUCCUAGAUCUGUACCAGGGAACAUCUUGAGGGAAUUCAUGCUAGCAAUAUCUGAUAUGUUCCAACAAACAUUGGGAUAUAUGCACUGAAACAUGCUUCUGAUCGCAUUUGCAUUCACUUAUGCAUGAUGUUUCAGUUAAAGGUGAUGCAAAUGUGUCAAUAAGGCAUAACAUUCGUCGCUAUAAGAGUCACAUAUAAAUGUGCAGUCUUCCCUUCCA